AUGCUCAAUAACAUGUGCAAUACCUUCGGACUCCCGCCCGAGUCGCUCCCCGGUGCUCCCGUCGCCGUCGUCCGGGAAGGCCAGCAACCGCGAUCGAGAGAGGAGAAGUUCAAAUUGUGGGGUGGAAGCGCGGGGAACAGAGGGGCUGCGCAAGCCACCGUGUUUUAA